UCCGGCCCAACUGAUUGGUACUUCGGGAGAGUCCCCUAAUUCCCCAAAGAACCCUCGACCACUGCGGUGGCCACUGACCCGCCGCCGGCCCCUUUCCUCUCCGCCCUUCUCCUCUACGGCGAUCGCCCGGCCGCCCGGCUGCUCACCGCCAGCGCUCUCGCCGACGGCGAUGUCGUCUUCGGAGCCGCGGCCGCGCCCCGCCGCCUUCUUCUCCGGCGACCUGCCCGAGGACGCGCUGUACGAGGUCCUCCUCCGCAUCCCGGCCAAGGAGCUCUGCCGCCUCCGCGCCGUCUGCCCCUCCUGGCGCGCCCUCACCUCCGACCCGCUCUUCGUCGUGGCGCACAUGUCCCGACACCGCACGGCGCCCCCGCUCCUCGCCAUGGGCUACCGCGACGACAGUGGGGUCAACGGCGUUGAGAUUUCGGAUUUGUCCGGCAAUGUGGUGAAGCGGAUACCAAGCGCCGGGUAUGAAAUUGUUCUGGUGGACGGGUUGUCAGGGGUUGCCGGUGGGCGGAUGUCAAGCAAGGACGAUACCAUCCGUGUUGCGCGCACGCGGCUUGACCUUGUCUGUUUCAACUGGAGGUUCUGCUCUGGAGACUUCUGGGUGCUGAACCCGGCCACCGGAGAUACCAUCACCUUGCCGAUGGGCUUCUCGGAGGAAUUGGCACAUGAGCUAGAGGUAGAGGGGAUAAAGGAAUGGUGCUGCGGAGUCGAGUGGUGUGCUUUUGGGCAGGUCUCCUCUACCAGAGAGUACAAGGCGCUCCGCGUUUCUGACAUUGGUGAUCGGAAGGUAUGUGAGGUUAUCACCUUUGAUGCCACCAACCAUGGAAGAUGGAGAAAGCAGGACCCUCCAUCGGCCCACAUCUUUGCCAGUCUCAAGAUGAGAUCAUUGAAAUGUGUGGUCGUCGAUGGGGUGGUGUACUUCUUACUGGACUUUUGCUCCACUUAUUGUGAAACUGGAGUUAUGACCAUUGAACCUGGUAGUGUAGCUUCGUUCAACCUCGAAACGGAGGAGUGGGGUGUUCUGCAUGGUCCAGAACAGGUGCAGGGGUUUGUACAAGAGAAUGACAUUUCUGGUUACUCAGAACUUGAACUCCAGUUAUCAUUGGCUGAGUUGAACGGCUGCUUAGUUAUGGUUCAUAAUAUUCAUAAGGUAUCUAUGGACUUGUGGUUUUUGACAGAUUUUGAGAAAGGUACCUGGUGUAAGAAAUACAGCAUGCCUUCACAUGUUGCUAGGUUUGGCAAUCCUUUUCUUAUGUUAGAUGAUGGGAGAAUUUUCUUCAAUCGGUUGGAUUAUGGACAAGGUUUCUUUAGUGCUGGAGAGCAUGGAGAGGGAUUUCUGCAAAGUUAUUAUCCAACAAAUGACACUUCUGAUGAGGCACUAAAACUGAAAGAGUCCAAAUCUAUUGGUGUUUACACAGGAAGCCUGCUGAGUUUGUAGAGUAGCUAUCAUUAAUGAGGUGAAUAAUGCAUCAAACUGGCUGGUCACCUUAUGUUGUGGAGUAUAUGUGAACAAUUAGUGAGAGAAUGUUCUGAUGCAUGCAUCGAUGAAAAUGUACCUUUGUGCCUUCAAAGUAUUCACAAAUUAAUCAACCCCUCGAAAGCAUGCAGGGACAAAUGUGGUGGUUCCCCUGGCCUUCUUCUUGCCCCUCCUUUGGUAUCUUGGGCUCCUUACUGCUAGUAUUAUGUUAAUUUCUGAUGCAUUUUGCAUGAGAAGAUUUCCAGGUCCGUUUCAUUUUGUAUGGCAAUUGCAGGAGUUUGGUCGAUGAGUCGCUAGAUAGCUAUGGUCAGUUUGUAAUAAACAAGCUUUUAAUGUGGUCUUUCAAAAUAUAAUAUGCUGCUCCUAAUGCAACAUACGAGUACAUGAAUGCAUAGUUUGUUCCUUUCUUGGAAAAGAUAAUGAUUUGCUAGGUGCAGAGGUUCGUGCAAGAGAAUGACAUUUCCGGUUACUUAGAACUUGAACUCCAGUUAUCAUUGGCUGAGUUGAACGGCCGCUUAGUUAUGGUUCAUAAAUAUUUAUAUGGUAUCUAUGGACUUGUGGUUUUUGACAGAUUUUGAGAAAGGUAUCUGGGUUAAGAAAUACAACAUGCCUUCACAUGUUGCUGGGUUUGGCAAUCCUUUUCUGAUGUUAGAUGAUGGGAGAAUUUUCUUCACUUGGUUGGAUUAUGGACAAGGUUUAUUUAGUGCUGGAGAGCAUGGAGAGGGAUUUCUGCAAAGUUAUGAUCCAAGAAAUGGCACUUAUACUAUGCACUAAAACUGAAAGAAUCCAAAUCCAUUGGCGUUUACACAGGAAGCCUGCUGAGUUUAUAGAGUAGCUGUCAUUAAUGAAUAAUGCAUCGUACUGGCUGGUCACCUUAUGUUGUAUGUAUGUGAACAAUUAGUGAGAAAAUGUUCUGAUGCAUGCAUCGAUGAAAUUUCUUCAGAUCUGCGGAUUUUGUGUAUUUUGGUCUUGUGACUGUGGGAGACUCUUUCAUUUUUCAGAUCUGCACUUAUGUGGAUGCCUUUUAGAACAUGUUGUCUAUUUUCUUUCACCUUUUCUAUUUUUUGGCCGUCUGUUUUCUAUUUUGCUUCAGGCCGUUUUUUGGCCAUCCGAUCAUGUACAGAUCUCAGCGCCCCGGUGUGACUCAUUUUUCUGUCGCUUGUGUGUGUGCGUCGGUAUUGGGGCGAGGUGCAGAGAGAGAGGGAGAGAGAUAUGCUCGUCAGUCCCCUUUCUCUUCUUUGAUUCAAUGGCGAUGAGGGAGAAAUAGGUAGUCAGCCAGCCCAACCCAGCGACCACGGCGAGGGGGGUGAACCAAAUCUGUCUGUCUCAAGUGUUUGCUUUUUUUGGACAGUUUCAGUUCUGUGCCUGCUGUGUGUCUACCACAGAGUUGCAUAUGAAUGAUUUGUUUUGAAUUUUACAUGAGAGAGAUUUGGUCAGUGAUGGAAAAUGAGUUAUUGCUCAUCGCUUUAGCUAAGGGGAGGGACUGUGUCAGCAUGUGAUUUAUUGGGUCGAAAGUGGUGGUGUUUUUGCUGCCAUUUCUGUCAGUCCAGUGUCUAUUUUGUGCAAUGUACAUGCUCUUCAUUAGCAUGUGGGAUAGUGGAUCUUGUCGGUAGUUUUUUGGGGACUCAGCCGUUGAAUGUACUAGCUAUGUUCAGCAGCAUGCCAUUUGUUAUUUUGUUCUCAGGAUGCUUCUGCUGAAUACUUCAUUAUCACCUAGGUAAUUUAAUGUUUUUUCAUGUAGAUAGCACCAAGUAUUAUGCUCAGUCCAUCAAUCUAUUUCUUCAUUUAGGCUGUCAAUAAACAAAAUUAGUUGUAAGUUAAUAGGAUUCAAUGUGUCUAAUUCAGUCAAGUGAAUGUGCAGUUAUCAAAUAUUUUUAUCUUCAUUUUGGACGCCAUAUAAACAAAAUUUGGUGUAAGUUAAUAUGAUUCAAUGUGUAUUGCAGUUCAGUGAAUGUUUAGUCUUCCACUUUUUCAGUUCAUUCAAUAGUUUUUAUAUUUUCUAGCACUUUUCAGUAUUCAUUUUUUAGUUCAUAAAGUUACUAGUACUACAUAUAGAAGAACGACCAGCCAACGCAGCGGAGCAAGUACGGUGUGCUCGUCGUAUCAGUCAUGAGUCUUCAGUUAUCAGCCAUUAGUUUGUUCAUAGUCUUUGUCACUUCUCAUUCUAGGUUUAGUUCUUAGUAUCAGGUCCUCAGUUUUCAUUUUCCAGUCUCCAAUUUUUAGAUAUAGCCUAAGUUUUCAGUCAUGUUCUAUGUGACUUAUCAGUCCCGUUCAGUUAAGCAUUUCCAUUUAUUUCCUUAGUUUCUAUUUUUAUUUUUAUUUCAUUAAUCACUCUUCAGUCCUUAUGUUUGCAUCACUCUUCAGUGUAUCAUUCUGAAAACUUAUUUUCUUCAGUCAAUAUUAAUUCAGUUUGUUUUUAAGUCUAAUUCAUAUUUCAGUAAUUUUCUGUGAUCCUUUUAUCUUGUCAUUCUUUUUUGCAAACUAAGGUCGGUUGUUAGUUUUCUGUGUUUCUUUUUAAAUUAUUCUUCAGUCUCUCUUUCCUCAUUUUGCCUUUGCCUAGUCACGAUCAGAAUGACACUAUUGACACACCUUUGAUGGAGAAAAGGACAUGUGGCCUAGAAAGUUUUGUCAUUCUAUUUUUUAGUCUUCAUUUUAUUACACGAGUCAGUUGUUUACCUCAGUCUAUCAGUCUAGGAAGCUUACUUAUUUAUCAGUGUUCCAACCUUUAGUCUAUCGGUCUUCAUUGAUUAUCUUACUUUUCAUUUUUAAGUUUAUAUUUAGGUCUGAAAACUUGAACUGAUCAGGAAAGGUUACAGAAUUUUUUGCUAAAAACUGAAAAAUACUUUUGAACUUGUCCUUAGCUUCGUUCUUCAUUACUAAAAACUUAGCGGUCUUGUUUAGGUUUAUAUAUUCCUUAUGCUCAAUAGCUUACUUUUCAUUUCUAAGUUUAUAUGUCUAUCUUCGUUACUCAUUAGUUUAACAUGCAUGAGGAGAGCCAAAUUUUUUUGUUCUUCCUUUUUAAUUUUUACUUGCUUUUUUUAUGCAGUUUGUCCCGUGCCACUCAAGGGCCAAAUUCAACAGCACAACUGGCGACCGCGUGCUCUUUAAGGAAUGUGAGGGUCGCCUUCAUCAGACUGAACAAUCUCAGUGAGGAUGAUUUGGUCCAUUUUGUACUGGAUGGAUCAUUGCCAAAGUUGCAGCUUUGCAUCGUUACGCCAUCGCCCAACCAUGUUGAGCUAGCAAUUGCGGCUACUGUGUUUACCCAAGGCAUCAGGUUGACUGCAAACAAGUAUGCAAAUCGUUUCCAAACCCUGCUGGCGACUGAUGGAUUCGUUGGGAUCCCAUUUUGUGCAUGUCUGACAAAGACUAGCGUUGUCGACCACGUGAUGGUAUGUUUUCUGAUUCCCGUGUUUUUAUUUUUAGUUUCCUUUUCCUUUUUCCUCUUGUAUUGUUUUGCUCCUGAAAGACUUUUUUGCAUGGUGGUGACUGCACACAAUCUUAUUUUCUUUGUCUUUCCAUUUUCUGAUGGACGAGAAAAACCAGAAAUUGCUUUUCAAGGUAGUUUCCAGCGUGACAACCCCUGAGGAAGGCAUGGCUGGACUACACAUCGUUGCUGGUCGUAUCUUCUUCAACAAGGAGGGGUGGGAAGAUUUCAUGGAGGAAAACGACUUAGGAGUUGGCACGGCGAUUCUAAUCAACAUUUGGAAUAACACUCUGAAUGAACUGAAUAUGCUGGUUGUCUUCAACACCAUCUAAGCACGAAUUUGAUUGUGCAAUAAGGGGUGUGGUUGCAGUAGUAGUGGGCACUCAGUCCUCUAUGUGAUUUUCCAUAUAUCUAACUCCAUGGUUUCAAGAAUUAUGUGUGUGCUUUCUCUGUGUUAUCAACCAGAUGUAAAUUGUUGCCUGAAUCUUUAUGUGUUUUUUUUGUGCGGUUAGAAACACAAGAAAUGUGUGGUAAAAAUCUGCUUAUUUUUUGUGUUUUGCUAUUACACAAUAUAGUAGGGUUUCUUCCUUCAUUUUUCUGUUAAUAAGAGGUAUGUUCUCAUUUUUAAAAGUGUUUUUCUGCAGGAGAUCAUUAUAUCAUUUCUUCAGUGUUUCACUGCCCUCACAUCCUUUUUUCUUCCUACUAUAUGUUGAAUGAAUAAGGUAAGACAUGCAGGCUUUACAUUCUUUUCUCACUCUGUUUAUUUUCUUUUUGAUGAAUGCAAUCAUACACUUGAUCCAAGAGGGGAGGUAGAAUUUGGACCUGAAUCUGGUAUUAAAACAGACGUUUUUUUCAGACUGACCACGGAUUGAAAUUACAGAAAUACACAUGUUAAAAACUGGUUGGACAAAAAAAAAAGACCUAAACCAAAUGAAAACACACACAUCUGAUAACUAGACGCUUUUCUUUUGGUGAUGAAGUCGGGACAUAUAUACUGAAGAAACUCAGAAAAUUUCUAAAGAACUGGUUAGUUGCUUUUGUUAUACUAAAAUGCAGAGUAACCAUGCACGUGGAAUGCACUUCUCACAUAAGUUUACCUUUUGACAUCCAAAGGAGCUCUUGCUUACUAUACUUCUUUCAGUGACUCUGAUCAAGCUCUUAAUAUCUAAAAUAUCAUCACUCAGUUUUCCCACAAACUUGUUUAAUCAUGCAUCUGCAAACACAUUCUCCGAAAUAGAAACACUGGCUGAUUCAUGGGUGAGAAUUGGUGGCCUCCCGCUGAAUGGAGGCUCAAAAUCCUUGCAUCUUAUUGGAUCCCAUGUACUAUCUCCAUUCCUAAAUACUGUAUAAGACCUCUUGGUAGGCUAGGAAUGGAGGUAGUAGGUUGUAGUCAAUUGAUGCCAAUCAAACGUAUAAUGCUUGGUACAAGGUCAAUUGCAUGUAAAAAAGGUAAAUGUCAAUGAACAGCUAAUCGAUGGCUUACCUGAAGCUCAUUAGUUACUUCUACUUCCCAAUCAUGCAGAGCUGCAACAUAUGUUUAUCUAGCAUAACCCAGUCAAACAAAAGUUCUUGACCUGGUAUGUGUAGGCUUGAGGCUCAUACAAAUUGCAUGAUGAAUACAGAACGGUCACACAUCUGAUCUUGUGACAACAACGUCAAUGCUAACUCGAAAGUCACAAAAUGUCUUUUAUUCUUUAUAUUCCAUAAUACUUUGUGGUAUGGAUGUAGAAAAGGAAAAUUAUUAACACCUUAACCCCGUAUUCUUAGCAUGUCGAUCCAAAACCCGAGGAAAGUUCCUCGCAAUGAACAUGAACUAGUACUAUUUUUGGCGGUAAUUUGCGUCAGAGCCCAGACUCAUCUGUACCCAAUGAACAAUAAAUUCGUAAAAAAUAUUUUUAAAUAACCUGAAUCGAAGACGCUUGAGUGUGCCAGGAGCGUGUAAAUUUUCCGGGCGAAAUGACAUUCGAGGAGCUCUCGGCAAAAAAUAAAUCGGCUCCGAACAAUGUUCUUUUUCAAAGUUUCUCUGCAGCAAGGAGAACGUAACAUGCACCAAUUUCAGCAAAAAAAUCUUCGCCGUCUAAAAAAGCAAAAAAUCUUUGUUCUCUCAAAAAAAUCUUCGGUAAAUAAAAUGAGUUGUUUAAGGGUUUUUUUUGAGAAUCAGUUUUUUAAGGUAAAUAAAACCAGUACAGGAAUACAAUUCAUCGUAGGCCUUAAUUAUCCACCUGAAGCCUGAGGCCCAUUUUAGACCAGCCCACUCGUGGACCUUAAUUACCACUUGAAGCCUGAACCCCGUACAAUUCCCCAACCCCUCGACCACUGUCCAGUGACUACCGCCGGCCGCUUUCUCCUCCGCUCCUCUACGACGGACGCCCGGCUGCUCACCGCCAGCGCUCUCGGUAAGGCCAACCCCUCCUCGGCGCACAGCCCCAUCUCAACCCACCGUCGAUUUGGCGCCCUCGCUUGCUCACCCGCGGCAUCUAUUUACCACAUAGAUGUCGUCUUCGAAGCCGCCCCCAGGCCCCGCCGCCCCCAGGCUCCGUCCACACGGGAGAUAGCAAGCCAGGCCAUGUAUACAUUGGUUUUAUUCUGGUUUUACUGGUUUCCUUUUCCCUUUCUUGUCCUGUAUUUUUAUUUUCUGGUUUAAAUUCAGAACAUUUUUUCAAAUCAACGAGUUUUUAAAAUCUGUGAUCAUUUUCAAAAAUCAUUAUAUUUUUUAAAUUCAUUAUAUCUUUUAUAUUCUGGAAUAUUCAUAAAAUUCUGAACAUUUUUCAAUAUCGUGAACUUUUUUCAAAUUCAAGAAAAAAUUUCAAAUCCAUGUACAUAAUUUCAGUUCAUUAACAUUUUUUCAAAUUCAUGAAGGUUUUAUAAAUUCGAGAUUUUUUUUAAUUCACAAACAUUUUGUAACAAAUUAGGUUGUUUGAAUUUCACGAAUUUUUCAAAUCUUCUGGAAAAUAAAACGGUUACCCGAGCUAGGGGAACUACGGACGCAGCGGGACAAUUGGGCCGCACCCCACGCAGCCCCGCGUGGGUGUUUAUUCCACACACAGGCCGAGCACCCGAUAAGAAUUCUUGUGUCAAUGAGAAAGCGAGAGGUCCAUUUUGUCCAGCCCAACUGAUUGGUACUUCGGGAGAGUCCCAAUUCCCCCAAACCCUUGACCACUGACUGACCGUCGGCCGCUUUCUCCUCCGCCCUACGGCGCCGCCCGGCCGCCCGGCUGCUCACCGCCGGCGCUCUCGCCGACGGCGAUGUCGUCUUCGGAGCCGCGGCCGCGCCCCGCCGCCUCCUUCUCCGGCGACCUGCCCGAGGACGCGCUGUACGAGGUACUCCUCCGCAUCCCGGCCAAGGAGCUCUGCCGCCUCCGCGCCGUCUGCCCCGCAUGGCGCGCCCUCACCUCCGACCCGCCCUUCGUCGCGGCUCACAUGUCCCGACACCGCACGGCGGCCCCGCUCCUCGCCAUUGCCUACCGCGACGACAGUGAGGUCAACGGCGUUGCGAUUUCGGAUCUGUCGGGCAACGUCGUGAGGCGGAUUCCAGUCACUGGGUAUGAGAUUGUGAUGGUGAACCAGUCGGGUGAUGCCGUUCGCCGGAUCUCAAGCAAGGACGAGCAUGAUAGCAUCCGUGUUGUGCGCAGCCGGCUAGACCUCGUGUGUUUCCACUGGAAUGUGUACUCUAGGACCUUCUGGGUGCUGAACCCGGUCACUGGAGCUACUCUCGACUUACCGAUGGGCCACUCAAAGGAAUUGGAGCAUGAGCUGGAGGUACAGGGAAGAAAAUGGGGCUGCCAUGUGGAGUGGUGCGCUUUUGGGAAGGUCUCCUCUACCAGAGAGUACAAGGCGCUCCGCAUCUGUAGCAUUCGUGACCGGCAGGUAUGUGAGGUUAUCACCUUUGAUGACACCAACCAUGGAAGCUGGAGGAGAAAGCAGGACCCGCCGUCCCGUAUCUGUACCGGUCUCCAGAUGAGAUGCGUGGUCGUCGAUGAGGUGGUCUACUUCUUGAUGGAUUUUCACUACACAUACUUUGAAACCGGGGUUAUAGCCAUUGAGCCUGGUAGCAUAGCUUCGUUCAACCUCGAGAAGGAGGAGUGGGGUGUUCUACCUGGUCCAGAACAGGUGAAGAGGUUUGUGCAAGAGAACAAGAAAUACAGUUACUCACAGCUUGAGCUCCAGUUAUCAUUGGCUGAGUUGAACGGCUGCUUAGUUGUGGUUCAUAAUAUUCAUAAGGUAUCUAUGGACUUGUGGUUUUUGACAGAUUUUGAGAAAGGUAUCUGGGUCAAGAAAUACAGCUUGCCUUCACAUGUUGCUAGGCUUUUUUGGUAUCCUUUUCUCAUGUUAGAUGAUGGGAGAAUUUUCUUCAGUGGGAUGGAUGGCCUAGAAGGUCUAUUAACUGGUGGAAAGGAAGGAGAGGGAUUCUUGCAAAGUUAUGAUCCAAGAAAUGACACUUAUGCUGAUGAACUAGAACUGAGAGAUCCCAGAUCAAUUGGCAUUUACACAGGAAGCGUGCUGAGUUUAUAGCGUAGCUGUCACUGAUGAGGUGAAUGAUACAUCGUACAUUCGUACUGGCUGUUCACCUUAUGUUCUAAAUGUGAACAAUUAGUGAGAUAAUGUACUGAUGCAUGCAUCUUUGAAAAAGUACCUUUGUGCCUUCAAAGUAUAUUAUGUUAAUCUCCAAUACAUUUUGCAUGAGAA